AUGGAUUUGCCUGGAAACCUAACGACCAACCUCAGCCUGGGCACGGAAGACCCGCGCCCCAGCUCCCUCCGCUUCUCGGUCCUGGGCGCGUUUGUGUUGACCUUGCUUGGCUGUCUGGUGGCAGCGACCUUCGCCUGGAAUGCGCUGGUACUGGUGACAAUUGCGCUUGUGCGCACCUUCCACCGCACUCCGUACAACCUAGUGGUGUCCAUGGCCGUCUCGGAUGUGCUGGUGGCCGCGCUGGUUAUGCCUCUGAGUCUGGCGCACGAGCUGGCCGGGCGCCGCUGGCGCCUGGGCGCGCGGCUGUGCCAGCUGUGGAUCGCGUGCGAUGUUCUCUGCUGCACAGCUAGCAUCUGGAACGUGACGGCCAUCGCGCUGGACCGCUAUUGGUCCAUCACGCGUCACCUGGCGUACACGCGGGGCACGCGUCGUCGCGUCUCCAACCUCAUGAUCGCGCUGACGUGGGCGCUGUCCGCGGUCAUCUCGCUGGCGCCGCUGCUCUUCGGCUGGGGGGAGAUUUACUCCAAGAGCCGGGAGGCUUGCCAGGUGAGCCGCCAGCCCGCCUACGCCGUGGUCUCCACGCUGAGCGCCUUCUACCUGCCUCUGGGCGUGGUGCUGUUCGUGUACUGCAGGAUCUACAGGGCGGCGCGGCUGCGGCUGGGCUUCCGGAGGAGCAACAGCGUGCAUCCGGCGCCCAAGCCUGUGCAGAGGGUCCCUGCUCAGGAGCCCCAGAUGCUGUUCACCGCCCGCCACAGCACUGUCACCUUCCAGGCCGAAGGGGAUACAUGGAGGGAGCAGAAGGAGCAGAGAGCCGCCGUGAUGGUGGGCAUUCUCAUCGGGGUGUUCGUGAUCUGCUGGACCCCCUUCUUCAUCACGGAGCUCGUCAGCCCCCUCUGCUCCUGCGACCUCCCUCCCCUCUGGAAGAGCGUCUUCCUUUGGCUUGGCUACUCCAACUCCUUCUUCAACCCCCUGAUCUACACAGCUUUCAACAAGAGCUACAACAACGCCGUCAAGAGCUUCUUCUGUAGGCAGCACUGA